AUGGCGAUCAUUGAUCCCGCCUUUGUUCAAGGCGCCGCCGCCUUCGCUCGGCAGGUUGCCUCUGAGACCGUCAGCAGCGUGAUCAACAGCGCGACCGAUUCGUCUUCCGUGGUCUCUUCCUCGUCUGCGCCGGCUCCCUCGCCGACCGCUCCCUCACCACCGGCCUCGACCACGGACUCCCCAGCAAAUAGUGCGACAAAUAAUCCCAAUCAACCCCAAAAUACCGGCCAAAGUUCGCCGCUGCUGUUCUUUGUCGCACUGGGGUUUGGUGUGGUCUUCACCAAUCUAUGGAUCAUCGUCGGCGUUAAAUACUGCUUCCGAUAUAAUGCCAGGAAUCGGCAGAUGCGGCUCAAUGAGGAUGGCGAACCGAUCAACCUGGAGAAUAUGCCUCGGCCGCACAGGAGGAGGAGGGAGAAGAAACUCAUGACCAUGGAAGAGGUCAAUGAGAAAUUCCCGAUGCUCAAGUACAAGAACUGGGUCGCUGGUCGUGCCCAUGAGGGCCUUCCGACCCAGGGAGGCGUCUCGACCCCGCCAAGCCGAGCCAACAGCGUGCGAUCCGUUGAUGGAGUCGUUCCGGAACUACCGCCCAAGGAGCACGAGUCCACAGAGGACCGGCCUGCGACAGCUGCGACAGCCAAGGACAGCCAUCGGGACUCGACCUCUGCGAACCAGCUCGAUAGGAUACCUACGGCUGCCGAUGUGCAGCCCGCGACGACCACUGCCCAACCAGCUGUUGCGUUACCCAAGGUCACGACCAGGACGUCUAGUUUCGAUGAAGAUGACGAUGAUCACAUCGAUGCUGCUUUGCCUCCAGAGAUGAUGGACGCCCCGGGUGAUACCUGCGCCAUCUGCAUCGACUCUCUCGAAGACGAUGAUGAUGUCCGAGGCCUGACCUGCGGGCACGCCUUCCACGCUGUCUGCCUUGAUCCCUGGCUUACGAGCCGCAGAGCCUGCUGCCCGCUGUGCAAGGCCGACUAUUAUGUUCCCAAGCCUCGACCUCAGCCAGGCGAGGGCGGAGACGGGACGACUGGUGUCAUCCAAGUCACCCUGAAUGAGAACGGUCGCAACAGAAUGCCUUCCAGACCGCAGAACUCAUGGUUCGGUCUGCGCGGCAACGGUCGGUUCUUCCCCAGCCGCAAUAGGACCACCACCAAUAGCGACAACGCUGCCACUGUCCAGGGCACGCCGGCUGAGCAACCUGCUGGUCAAGAGGCGGCGGCGCAACAGGCUCCGACACAACAGGCUACUCCGGAGCGACGGGGCGGACUUUUCAGCCGAGGCCACCGCCACCGUCAAGCGGAUGCCGGAGCCGCGCCAGCUGCGUCCACAUCGCCCGAGGUUCACACACAGCCCUCCAGCAACUCUGGUGGAAUGCUCGGUGGCAUCACUUCGCGUCUCCCGGGGUUCAGGUCCAACCAGACCCAGCAGCAGGUUCAAGAACCAGAGCAGGUCGCUUCCAACACCGGCCCGGAGGCCACAAAUGCUCAACCCACUCCGUCUCAACUUGAGGCUGGCGUGCGUUAA